UCGAAUUUCUUACUGUCACUAGCACUCAGGACAAAAAUCUAUACAAAAGAAGACUUGGCAACACUGUUUUCAGUGUUACACUCUCACCGUUGCGAACACAGAUGAAUCCUGUAUUACGAUCGAGCCCAUUCAUUGCUAAAGGUUUACUCUGUCCUCAACGGAAUUUGUCGAUACAAAAGGACGACAAAAAUCGAACUGAUGUUCCAAAGGAUACUUCAGUUGACGAUCUGACGGAACCGACCAAUUGUUGUAUGUCGGGAUGCGCGAAUUGCGUAUGGGUUCAAUAUGCGGAGCGACUGAGUAGCGCGAUAGAAGCAGUCAAUGUGGAUUUACAGAAGGCCAUCUUGGAGAAAGUACAAGAUCCUAACAUGAGGGCGUUUCUUACGAUGGAGCUGAGAUGCCGAAAGCUGAUAAAGUAGUGCGAGAACAUCAUUAUUGAUCAUAAUGUAAUAGUAACAAAAAAUUUAUUUCUGCACUAAAAUAUAACUUAAUUUCUAUUGAAUUUUACUGCCGAAGAAUUUACAGAUUAAAGUAAAGUGCAGUUGAGAUCGAGAUAUCUUGUAGAGAUUCAAAUUUUGUUAAAGAAUGUUUUCAAUUGUAUAUAAAUGUAAUAUAAUGUAUUACAAUUGCGUAUGUAUUAUAUAUUAUUAGUAUAUCACUGUAUAUAAUUUAUUUUACUAUUUAAUUAAAUUAAUUAAUUAAAUAGUAAAAUAAAAAAAAAUAUGAAAUAGAUAAAAGUGAAAUAAUUAAAAUAAAUUAAUAUAAGAUAUAAUAAAAAAUAAA